AUGCAAUCAAACGAAGAAUUCGUCAAGUUUAUAGGCACAGGUGUUUACGGUUCUGUUGAUCUCGUAAAAUACACUAGAAGCGACGGCUCCUCGUUUCACGCUGCCGUGAAAAGCUCUUACGCCGAGGACUACGACUCUCUCAACAGAGAGCUUCAGAUUCUGCGCGAACUCAGAGGUCGUCCAAGAAUCGUUGAAUGUCUCGGAGACUAUUUGGAAGAAGGUCUCUCAUAUAACGGAGACAAAGUCUACAAAUUGCUUCUCGAGUACGCAUCCGGAGGAAACUUAAAUGACUUCAUGGACAAACACACCACCACAGACAGAAAAUUGCCGGAUCCGAUAAUCAGAGACUUCACGCGUAUGAUUCUCGAAGGUUUGGUUUCGAUACACGGUCACGGUUAUGUUCACUGCGAUCUCAAACCGGAAAACAUCCUUGUCUUCCCUUGUGAAGAUUGGUACGAGUUGAAGAUAUCUGAUUUUGGACUUUCUUUAAAAGUCGGAGAAGUCCCUGAAUACUGGAAAAUCGACUUCCCGUUUGUUGGAGCGCCUGCUUACAUGUCACCGGAGUCUCUCAAGGACGGUGUUGCGAAGAAAGCCCUAGAUUUGUGGUCGUUAGGGUGCUUGGUUCUGGAGAUGUAUACAGGUGUGAAUCCAUGGGGAGGAGUUAACGAAACUGUCCUCGAGGUUCUUCUCUUUGAUGGUAAAAGUCCAGUGAUUCCGGAGAGUGUGCCUUGCGUUGCAAGGGAGUUUAUUGAAACGUGUUUCGCAAGGAAUCCUGAGGAAAGAGGGAGCGCAAAUGAUUUGUUGUCUCAUCGGUUUUUGCGUCGGGAAGAGGAGAAGAUUGUUGCCGAUGUGACCACCUGUGAAGAGAGAAAAAAGUCGUUGCUGUUGAAUGUGAAAUCGAGAAUCAGACAAGAUUCAAUGAAUACUUUGGAGAAGCCCCUGAAAUCGAAGAUUUGUCAGUCUAAGCACUCACAGUUUAAGAAAUUUUUGGGUGUACUCCUGAAACUUUGGGUCUCCAAUUUAGUUACUGUUCAGUAA